CCGGUGGUGGGGGGGCGGCAGUAGUCGUGUUGUGAGCCCCGGCAGGACCCCCACGCACCAGCACCAAGCACCAGCAACCCCCGCAGCACAGCGAGCUUCAGGUGCCAUCGGCAGCCAGCGGCGGCCAGCGGACCAGCAGUCUUCUCCGGACCACACCACAAGAAGGGCUGAAAGCUGAGAGCUUUUAGCACAGCGCUUCAGGACUAGACCGAGACCCCAACACACCAACCGUAGCCAUGGAUGAUCUUCCCCCAGAACAGAUCGCCGUCCUCCGCAAGGCCUUCGAUGCCUUCGACCGCGAACACACCGGUUCCAUCCCCUGCGACAUGGUGGCCGACAUCCUCAGGCUCAUGGGGCAGCCCUUCAACAAGAAGAUCCUGGAGGAGCUCAUCGAGGAGGUGGACGCCGACAAGUCUGGCCGCCUGGAGUUCGAGGAGUUCAUCACCUUAGCAGCCAAGUUCAUCGUAGAGGAGGACGCCGAGGCCAUGCAGAAGGAGCUCCGGGAAGCCUUCAGGCUGUACGACAAGGAGGGCAACGGCUACAUCCCCACAUCCUGCCUCAAAGAGAUCCUGCGAGAGCUGGACGACCAGCUGACAGAGCAGGAGCUCAACAUGAUGAUCGACGAGAUCGACUCUGAUGGCUCCGGCACCGUCGACUUCGAUGAAUUUAUGGAGAUGAUGACCGGAGAAGUCUAGUUUGGUGAUCGUGUCGUGUGCAAUAUGACAAAAUGAAUUCAUGGAGAUGAUGGUGGGGGAGGAGUAAUUUGUCCGAGCUCUCAUACACUCAUAUACAAACGGUGACCACACACUCCAUCAAUCCGACAGCAGUUCAAGAAGAUCCAUAGUAAAUGCCCUCAUCAACUCUCCUGAAUCAUCAUUUUUGUCAAAACCUACCAUUAUCAUUCUUGACUGUUAUUAAUGUAUGUAUUAUGCCUUAUUCCGUGACAUUUUUCUUAUUGGGCCUAAUUAUAAUUGUGGUGAAUGUUUAGUAUUGAAAUGGAGAGAAUGUUCCAUUUCUGUAAGUUAAAUGUAAGUGUACUUCUGAGAAACAAGAUUACCUCAGGGGUAUGCACACUUCAUACAUGCUUAUGAAAGCAAUAAGAAAUUUGAAAUUUGAUUGAGGAGCUAGAUUUGUUCAAGAUUUGUUUGCAUAUCUGUUUAUACAAAUGUUGUUUACCUUGUUUUUAUGAUGUAGCCAGUUAUUUUUACACUGCGUGUAUCCUUCUCAUAUUUUGACUACAGUAUUCCAAGAAAAAAUAUACUGAAAACCCAAAA